AUGGAUGAACGAGGUGCAUAACAUUAAGAGAGUAAUUGUUAUCAUUUUUCUGUUUGAAAAAACCACAAAUUCAAGUGAGGCCAAAAGGAAGAAGUUUUUUUGGAACAUUCUUAAACCAUUUUAGUAAUCUUUCGGCCUCUCAUUUUGGCAAUAUGCAGCUGCACUUAUCCCAUAAAAAAUUUCAUUACUUGUUAUAUUUCUAUCAUUAUCAAUUGGGCAAUAUAUUCAGGCAUCUAGCCAUCAAAUUUUUUAUGUUCAGCCCCAUAAUUGGGGUCAACUCAUAGGCCUGCAUUGAAUGGCUUUUUAAAUGCAAAUUGCAACAGAACAUGUUGCAUGAAUCCAGAAUUGAGAAAAACGAGUUCUUACUGUGCAGAAUUGAAGGAUUUUGGUUACGGGUAGAAGGAAUUUCAUACAUACAAUGCUUGCCGGCCACUAGACGUUUACUUGGGUCAAUUAUAUAUUGUCUUUGUACGAUUCUGUUUGUCGUGAUGUAUGAUUACCCAACUUUUGGACGUCAUACUCCACAGGCCGGGUAUCUACCAGUUUUGAAUAAAUGGUACCCAAGGGAUAUAAUGGUUGGAUCAAAAUUGCUUGAAUUUCGUGUUGUCUGAUUCAUUGCUGCAGUGUUUUCCGAGGGAAGUGGUGGAUUUUGAUAAUCUUGCUUGGUAUUUUGUUUAUGCUGUUAUCAGAGGAGGACAGAUUUGGAGGCAGAGUAUGGGCCCCCAUCAGCAGAUAGACUGUGGGCAUAACAGCAUGUUCAUUUUCCAUGGUGCCAAUGACAUGUCUGUUGAAAUUUUUGGACAGACCCUGCUGAUGAUCUGCUCUACCACUGAGCGACUUGCCUAUUUCAUGAGGAGACUUUCAGGUUUUUUCUUGAAGUGUGGCGUGCAAUUUCCAACACCCACAACGAAUUCACACUCAGGCUGAGGUUUUUGCCAAACACUGGUCAUUUUUCUUAUGCCAUGGUGAAAAUUUUGAUCAGCUAGAAUUUUGACCUGGGAAAUACUUUCAACUGGUAAGUUUCUGACAUUGAGCUACUUGCCUAUUUCGUGGUGAGACUUUGAGGUUCUGUACAGAAGUGUGGAUUGCAACUUUCAACAGCUUCAAUCAAUCAGUUAAUGUUUUUUCUGUAGCGUGGAACAACUUACUGGAAGUGUUUCCAAUACCCUAUAGCACUAAAAUAGUUAACAUAUUGGCCAAAAGAUAGAAUAUUAAUAAGGUUAUACCAGACCAGUGUGGGAUUGGAUAUCAUGUUGCUUGUGUGAAGUCUAAUGUCCUUGUAACAAUGUAAAGCCAAGGGGUUUAUGCCAGUGGACAGGUUGUUAUAUGGAAAAGCGUCACAGUUUUGCAAUAUUUGACCCAUCUUAUGGGAUACUGGGAAAACGUAUUUCAAGGGCUACAUAAUUUCUUACUUUGCAGAUGGGCCCCGGAGCCCUUCUCACAUAAAGGAAAACUUAAUUCCUGGGGAAGGACAGUUGAUGAUCAUCCAUGCAUUGCGGUAUGUGCAGGUUUUUGGCUUGCUUUGCUGGAGGUGAAGAACACAAGAGGAGCUCUGACGAAGGGUGUGCAUGUGGCGUUCUAUCUGGAUCGAAGAACAAGGAGGAUUAUACUAAUGUUGUGCACAGAGAUUUUGUGAAUUCUACUUUGACAUUCCUAAGAAAUACCAAAUUUACUAAUCAUGAAGCUCUCCCUUCUCUACACGAUGCAUAUGCAAAAUUCAUAGAAGUGUAUCCUAAGUAUGAGGAGUCUCGGCUUGCAGAUGAUAUUAGAGGUGGAGAAUAUAACCACUUAAAGAGGAAUGAUCAUGUUUGCAUGGAUUACUUCGGCAUGGGAUUGUUUUCUCACCUUCAGCAGGAGUUGGAAUUGGCCACCUCUUCCUUCAACAUCUCCUAUACUAAAGCAAAUCUCUCUUCCCAAGCUCGCUAUGGAGCCCCAGAAAAAGGAAGUCUGGAAGAUGAAAUCAAGAAUAGGAUUUUUAGUUUUAUGAAUAUAAUGGAGAGCAACUACAGCUUGGUAUUCACUUCGAACAGAGGAUCAGCAUUCAAGAUCUUAGCAGAGUCAUAUCCAUUUAAUAUCAACAAAAGACUUUUGACUGUGUAUGAUUAUGAGAGUGAGGGUUUAAAUUUAAUGAUCGAAACCUCCAAGCAAAAGGGAGCUAAAGUCAUGUCAGCCUACUUCAAAUGGCCUUCCUUGAGAAUCUGUUCUGCAGAGUUGCGAAAAAUGUUGGUAGAAAAGAAGAAAAGGAAAAAUGCCAGUGCAAAGGGGUUGUUUGUAUUUCCUGUACAAUCUAAGCUUACAGGAGCAAAGUAUUCAUAUCAAUGGAUGAACAAAGCUCAGGAGAAAGGUUGGCAUGUCCUAUUGGAUGCAUGCGCGUUGGGUUCCAAAGAUAUGGACUCCCUUGGACUCUCACUUUUUCAGCCAGAUUUCAUUAUCAGUUCCUUCUUCAAGGUUUACGGAACAGAUCCAACAGGAUUUGGAUGCCUGUUUGUGAAGAAAUCUAGUGUUCAUGUGUUGGACAAUUCCGCUGUAACAGCUGGGGUUGGGAUGGUAAAUAUAAUGCCAAUAAAAAGAAUUCCCUUGCCUGUUUCUUCCAGAGAGGGAGAGGAAGAAAUUCAAGAGGUCCAUGAGAAAUAUGUUGAAUCUGAAGCAUCCUCAUUGGACCACCAUAAGCUUGUUACCGUAAGCUCCUUUUCUGGUCCAGUUUCUAUUCUUCAGACAGCAAAAAGAAAAGAGAUUUUGGAACAUGAGGAGUCCGAGAGUGACCAUUAUCAAACCAGUGGCACAGAGUCAGCAAUGGAGACUGAACCUGGUGUUGAAAUGAGAAAAUCCAAACAUCAUCGCCCUCGGAGAUCUUUUGACAGCAUAAGUUUGGUAUUGUCAGAUGAAGAAUAUACAGGGGACGAUGAUAGCAGACACCAGAAAUUAAGAGAGCAAAAGAGUUCUAGUGUUCAAGAAAUUAAAAAAUUGGAAGAGGUAGAAGAGUGGCAGAAGCAAAGUGAUGUUGUCUCUGAACAAGAAAAAAUCUAUCCCAAGCACCCAAUUGAAUCUUCAGAACUACAAGAGAGAGAGACAAGAAAAUUAAGAGAAGAAGCGAGUUCAAGUGUCCAAGAAAUUGAAGAACUGGAAGACAAGGAAGAGUGGCAGAAGCAAAGUGAUAUUAUUUCAGAACAAGGAAAAAUGCAUGUCAAGUACCCAGUUGAAUCUUUAGAAUCAAGAGAAGAGAGAGAGGAAAGAGAACUAAAAGAUAAAGGAAGCUCUACCGUCCAAGAACUUGAAGGAUUGGAAGACACGGAAGAGUGGCAAAAGCAUAGUGCUAUUGUCUCUGAACAAGAAAAAACGCAUCCCAAGUACCUAUAUGAAUCUUCAGAGUCACCAGAAGAGAGGGAUACAUGGAAAUUAAGAGAGCGGGGAAGUUCUAGUGUUCAAGAAAUUGAAGAAUUAGAGGAGGAAGAGUGGCAAAGGCAAAGUGCUAUUGUUACUGAACAAGGAGAAAUACAACCUAAGUACCUACCUGAAACUUCAGAUGUACCCGGUGAAGUGUUGACAACUAGUAGGAUGACAUCUUGGUCUCCUGGAGAGACCUCACAAACAGCCAUUAAUACUCCAAUUGAUUACAAACCAGCGAGAAAAAUGGCACUUGCUGAGAUAUUUGAAAAGGACCAAGAGAACUCUUUUGAUGAAAGCACCCCUACUGAAGAUAAGAAAUCGAGUAUAGAAAGUGAGAGUGUAAAUAGCAGCGAGGAACCGAGUAGAGAUCCUCUAAUCAACUGCAGAAGCCUUGAUCAUGCAGAUUGUUUGGGUUUGAUUACAAUUAACAACAGGUUAAGGUAUCUUAUCAAUUGGCUUGUCAGUGCCCUAAUGCAACUUCGCCAUCCUAGUUCCGAGAAAGGCCUCCGCUUGGUGAAAAUAUAUGGACCAAAAAUAAAAUUUGAGAGGGGAGCUGCUGUUGCCUUCAACCUGUAUGACUGGAAGGGAGAAUUGGUCGAUCCCCUUCUUGUGCAGAGACUAGCAGAUCGAAGCGAUAUCUCAGUUAGCUGCGGUUUUCUUUGUAAUUUCUACUUUCCAGAUAAACAUGCAGAUAAGGUUACUCUUCUACAGCCAAAACAUAGUAAUGGGCAAGGUACAGAUGAACAGAGAGAUAAAGGGGACAAAAUUGUAGGAUUAGCAGCUGUGACUGCGUCACUAAGCUUUUUGAGCAACUUUGAAGAUGUCUACAGGUUAUGGGUUUUCAUUGCAAAGUUUCUAGAUGCAGAUUUUGUUGUGAAAGAGAUAUGGAGAUAUCGAUCUCUGAAUCAGCAGACAGUUGAAAUCUGACCAGAAAAGUCAUGUGAAGAUGGCCUAUAUAUGGAUCACUGUUUGGAAUGUUCUUAAGUUGACCUGAUCGUUUAUGGACUUUUCUGCGAAUCAGAAUUAAUCAGGAUAUUGGAGUUUUUCUAUGAAGAUAGCUUUUGAUUUAAGAAGAGAUCCUAUUGAAUUGGAAAUGCAGGUCCCCUUCUGAUGAGAUAGAUCUCAAAUUGUAUAGUCUACAGUACUUUUGGUCUACUGCCAAUUAGGAGAAACAUUUUUCUAGACAUUCCUUUGUUUGAUUCUUGAUAUAGCAAUCCAUUCCACACUAAUGUGAUUAUUUUUCAAAUUAUGGUAAGAGAUGCAAUGGAAGAGUUCAGUUGGCAGGAUUUUUCAAGAUGGUUGGUCAACUUGAUAUUACCAGAAGGGAUAUAGAUGGUCAGGUUUCUUAAACUGAUCAAGCUAAGCACAAUACUAGAGGCUAUACCAGCAGAUAACGAGAAUUCCAGAAAGCUGAAGACCACGUAAUGAGUCUAAGAAUGGAUCAGGUGUCUCUCUUAUAAGCUGUGCCUGUAUAAGAGACUAGAACACUGGCUUAAUAAAGUGUUUUCAGAUUCAAAUCACAGCUAAGUGUGGAUAUUAUUAUAAUUUUUUACUAUCUGAGAUUUUGGGUGGUCUGGCUUCCAUAGCCAAGCAUUGAUAGAAGGCAUUUUUUAAAACCUAUUUCAAUAAAAGCCUACCAGAGGGUAGACAAGUUCCAUUUUCAGGCUUGCCAAGUUCAAUUGUAUUUUUUCAUUGGGACUAUUCAAUCAGAGGUUUUUAUAUAUGUUGGCCCACUGCAAUUAAAGACAACAUUAGAACAGACUUUUUGAUCCCAAACUGAUUUCAUUAGCAGUUCAAGUCUUACAAAAAUCCACAAGACUUCAAUUGCCUCCAAACACAAGGUUCGCUCUGCUUCAGCAUGACUUAAGAUUUUUCUCUUGUAAUAGUUUUGUGUCAUUCAUCUUCUGUUUCCCUUGCACAUUUCGUCUCCAUAUCCUCUUCUCUGGUGUAUUAUUUUCUUGUUUCCCAAAUCCAAGCACAAUUUUCAAAGUAAAUAGUAAAUUGAUUUGUGUACAUGGUUAAUAUAAUCAUCUUUUGUGUU